AUGACUCCUGCUCCGCCCAAUGCGAGCGAAAAGAGUGGGCAUAAUAGCGACAGUCCAUCUGACUCUCAGGUCGAGUAUGCCAUCAACCAGCCAGUUAUCGUGGAUGAAGCAACUGAGAAGAAGUUGAUGAGGAAGGUGGACAUGCGGCUGAUUCCAAUGGUGAUGUGGAUGUACCUGAUGAGUUUCAUGGAUCGAGUUUCGAUUGGAAAUGCUAGGCUAUACGGCAUGGAGUCUGACUUGGGAUUGGUAGGCAGCCAGUACCAGGUCGGUAUUUCCGUCCUUUUCAUUACCUACUGUCUGUUCGAAGCGCCAUCGAACAUGGUCCUGAAGCAGCUGAGGCCGAAAUACUAUCUCGGGGCUCUGACGCUGGCAUGGGGUCUCGUUGCAACAUUUUCGGCCUUCAUCCAGAACUUCACAGGUCUUCUCGUGAUCCGACUUCUCUUGGGACUCUUCGAGGCCGGCCUGUUCCCUGGACUUGUGGUAUACUUGACCAUAUUCUACAACAAACGUCAUAUUGCCCUGCGAAUGGCAUAUCUCUUCACAACAGCCGCAAUAGCUGGCGCUGUUGGAGGUCUUGUCUCAUACGGAAUCGGCUUCAUGGACAACGAUCCGAACGACGCCAGUACGAACCCUGGUGAUCCCGGAUACGUGAUGCCACCGGGCACAGCAGGAUGGAGAGCCUGGCGUUGGAUCUUCGCGAUCAACGGAGCUUUGACCGUCGUCACUGCAUUUGCCAUUCCAUUCGUCCUCGCCGACAAUCCCGAGACGGCUAGUUUCCUGACUGAAGAAGACCGCCGGAAUAUGAUUCUCCUCCGACAGGCAGAAGUAGGCCAGACCGUAUCAGGCCAAGAGUUCUCCAUGAAGGAUGCAAAGGAAGCCUUUAAAGACUGGAAGGUUUAUGUCAUGGCCGUUUGUCAGUUCUGCAGUAACACCACACUUUACGCAUUCAGCGUUUUCCUGCCCACCAUCAUCCGGGAGACGGGUGAUUACUCCAUCGCGGAGGUCCAAUGUCUAACCAUCCCAAUCUACGCCCUCGGAACAGCAGUCUACCUCUCCUGCGCCAUUUGGAGCGACAGCAUCCAAAUCCGCGGCCCUUUUCUCGUCUUCAACAUCUUCGGCGUCAUUGCCGGCUACAUUCUUCUCCUCACAUACGCCAACCCGGCCGCGGCGCUCGUAGGGUKUUUUCUCAUCGGAGGCUGCAUUUUCACGUGCUGUGGAAUGGCCAUGCCUUGGAUGUCGACGAACAAUCCUCGAUAUGGGAAACGCACGACCGCGAAUGGGAUUCAGCUUACGCUGGGGAAUGCUUCGGGGGUGUUGUCGCCGUUUUUGUUCGUGGGGAGUGGACCGGUGUAUGUGGAGGGGUAUGCGGUUGCUAUUGCGUUGUUGGGGUUGAACAGUUCGUUGUUUACGGGUAUGCACUUUUAUUGGAGGCGGCGAAAUGCUAACAAGAGGGCUGGCAAGGAGGAUUGGAUGGUUGAGGGGCUUUCCGAGGAUGAGGUCAAAGAGGCGGGUGAUCGGAACCCGAAUUACUUCUUUACAAUAUAG